CCUCCUCCUCCUCCUCCUCCUCCUCCUCCUCCUCCGCAAUGCCCCGGAAGCCAGGACGUUUCAAACUAUGAUUUUGCCAAAUCCAGUGGGAGACAGCGCAGGCUGGAGAGAGCUGCCACGGUUGGCCGCGGUUUGUCUGGGCUGCGCCAGGGCCCUGGCCUACCGGCGUCCCCGUUUUCGGGGCCCUGAACCUCGCCCCCUCCCCAACGCACCCUUGACUACGGAACCCUUGCUCAGAGCCCCGAGGAGGGGGAGCUCCGCUACAGGUGGAGCUCCACGAAGCCCUCGAAGAAGGUCUGGUGCGUGCUCCGGCGGCAGCGCCUGCAGUUCUUCGGCAGCAGGUCGGAGGCGGAGGCCGCCGGGUGCUCCCCCGACUGCAGCGUGGAGCUGCUGGGCUGCGUCUGCGGCCCCGCGGAGCGGGGCUGGCGCAACCGCCACUUCUUCACCAUCUACAGGCCCGUGGGCAGCAGCUCGGACCAGGAGUACGGGAGCUGGGAGCUGCACGCUCCCGACGAGCUGGAGUGCAGGAGGUGGGUGCUCAUGGUGCAGGAGGCCACCCAGAUCACAGAGAGCUGGUCGAAGAUCCGCGAGUUCCACGGCAGGCUGCAGGCGGCGUCAUCCGUCCAGGGGUACGCCCAGGCGGUCGAGUCGGUGAUCAACGAGACGAUGGUCGUCCCCGCGGAGUGGAUGCUGGACCAGCUGAGGAACAGCCGCGAUCCGGGGGCGCAGGAGGCGGUGGCCUUCCGGGUCCCCACGCUCGGGCAGGUGGACAAGGAGACGCGGCGCGACAGGUUCGCGGUGGACGGCCGCCCCGUGGAGCGGCCGCCGGCGCGGGAGCUCGCGGCGGACGUGGCCCUGUGCGCGCUGCGGGCCCUCGGGGAGCGCGGGGCGGACGUCGAGCGCGCGGAGGACAAGGCGGCGAUCCUCGCGCGGGACGUGGUGCUGUGCUGCAGCCGGUCGAUGGGGGACGGAGACAGCUUCUACGCCGUCCGCAGGCUCUUCCAGCCAGAUCCCAAGGACGGCGAGCCCGAGCUGGUCCUCUGCCAGCCCGUGCCCCAGGACGCCGAGCCCGUCCGCGUGCAGGUGCGCCACCCGCAGGACGGCGGGCAGGUCGCGCGGUCGCCGUCGGGCCAGGCGCCGUCGGACACCGGGCUGCCCCAGUUCGAGGGGGACGCCGGGGCGGACCUGCUGCGGCACGACCGGGUCGUGGGCAUGGACCUAGAGGUGGAGCAGCGGUUGCGAGUCGCGGCCAUAGGCCCCGACUGCUGGAUACCAGACUGGGAUUCGCUGCAGUGCAUGCGCUGCGGGGUGCAGUUCAAGCCCUGGCUCCGGCGGCACCAUUGCAGGAAGUGCGGCAACCUCGUCUGCCACAGCUGCAGCGCGCUGUCGGUGUCGCUGUCGGCGGGCGCGCGCGGCCGCGCGGUGGCGCCCUCCGAGCUGGCGGCCGGCGCCCCCGGGGAGGCCCGCGCGCCGCGGGGGCGGGUCUGCUUCCUGUGCUACCAGCGGGUCGUCAUCGACGACCUCGAGGCGAGGAAGAGGCGGGGCUCCGCCCUUGAGAGCGUCGACAGCUUCCUGGUCGGCAUCGCUCCGGCGAGCGAGGACGCGGAGCAGGACGAGCGGAUGCAGAACGGGAUGGCCUCCUUCUCCAGCUGCGGCAGCAUGGCCGGCAUCUCGAGCUCGGGCAGCGUGGCGGGCAUGGACGCGGAGUCCGCGCAGUGGCCCGUCGUCACGGUUCAGAUGGGUUCGAGGUACAAGAUAUUGGACGGCGCGAACCCGGAAAAUGCUCUCUUCUUUUUGGACUGCAGAUUUGUUCGCCAGGUACGCUGGAGCGGCGUAAGCGACAUUGGACGCAUCGUGAUCUCCAUAUCGCGGGCCUGAGCUACGGUUUUCCAUCGAGUUUUCUAUUUGAUAUGUUCUGGUAUGUACUCUAGGCACGCGCUCGCCCUUUUUAGAGAUGCGGUGGAGAAUCGAGUUUUCCACUUGAUAUGCUCUGGUGUGUACUCUAGGCAUGCCCUCGCCAUUUUCGAGAUACUGUGGAGAGGUGAGGGCCGUGCUCGGACUUUGUAUUUCUCAGUCCCCUUCUGACGUUAGGUUUUGGCCGCGUGGGUGCGGGCACUGAACCUGCACAGCUUGCAGCCCGCGGGCCCACGGCGACGGCACCAA